ACAGAGAGAGAGAGAGAUUAAGAAAGGGAAGACUGAACUGAAGUGGUCUGCUGCGUGUGUCAGUCAAGCCUACGUGGAAAGUUGUAGUUGUCGGCUGGUCCUGUGAUGAAGUGAUAUCAAAGUUUACUUUUUGCCCUUCGGACCAUCCUCCAUGCAAUCACGACGUUGGCUUUCGCACUGCUGUGACCAGGCCUAGAUCUACACUCUACACACAAUGCCCUAGAUAAUCAUAAGCGCAGCGAUCGAAACUUGUGUCAGUGUUAAUUUGAGACCCUGUGAACCAAAGGAAAAUAGUAGGCCUAGAAUUUUUUUUCCAAGUAGGCACACUGAGACUUGGAACAAGAGUACAGCUAAUGACAACAUGAUGGUGUGUAAACGCAAUUUAGCAGCUCUGAUUUUUGUGUUGUCUUCAGUUCUACAAUGUAUUGCGCUGGAUUAUGAUUCAUCCAAGACGUACUCAUACUCGUAUGAGACCGACUUGCAUUUGAAUGAUGCCAAUAGUAAGAGGGCAACAAGAGCUCAGCAGGAUGUUGGAGUGAAACUGUCUGUCAGUUUCCAGCUGUCUACGCUCUUCAAAAAUUCAGAAGUUCAGUUGUUCAAGCUCUCUAUCGUCAAAGCUCAGGCUUCCAGCAUCCUUCGGCCCGAUGUUCAGACAGAUCUCGGAGGGACCUUGGCCUUGCCAGUGUACUUCCAGGUCGCGGGCGAUGUGGUGGACAGACUACACUUUGUGUCUCGGGACACCACCUUCAGCAGGAACAUCAAGAAAGGCAUUGUGGCUUUGUUCCAGGUCAAGGAGAGUGCGGGGCAGAGAACAGAGGUGGAUGUCAGUGGCGAGUGUCAGGUGACCUACACCAGCCCACAAGCUGGGUUCAUUGACCGUUUGAAGACAGACUGUCAAAACCUGGAGAUUGCAGGGCAAUUUUCAACUGCCAACAAGGCCCUUGGGGUGUCUGUCUGGGCCAAGUCCACCCAACACUACCAGCUGAAGGACUCCAUCAUUGACAGCGUGACCGGCACUCACCGCACUAUCACCUACCUCAACAUCAGGGCCGCUCUCAACGGUCUGGCAUCUUCCAGUCAGAAGUUACAGUUUGAGACAACUAGUGCUGGGGAGAGCCAGGCAGGGAGUGUGGAGGAGGCAUUAGCAGCCGCUGCUUCAGAGGCUGGCUCUGGUCUGGAGGUUUCCCUGCUGCCAAGUGAAGAGGAAAAUCAGCAGUGCACAGAAGGAUGUGAAUCUCCAAAGAAACUUGUGGCCAAACUGGCGGACGAUCUCUCCACGGACAAUAUGGCCACCGUCCGCUCCGCCAAGGCGUUUGCGCAGCUGCUCCAAAGUUUCCGGGACUCUGGGAAAAGCACCCUGGCCGAGACGUUUGUGAUUCCAGAGAGCUACUACAUUGUACCCCAGCUGAUUGAUGUGGCCACAGCCGCACAGACAGAGGCUUCAAGGGAGGCAAUCCUAGAACUCUUGAACUUUGAAGAUGAGAAUGCGGUGGACUACCCUCAGCGCUUUCUGUUUGCCGCGGCGUAUUCGUCUCACCCGUCUACGUCUCUGAUUCGGGAGCUCUUGUCUGUCCUGAAGAAUCCCGUGCCCAACGCUGAUCUACACCAGUCCCUUUUCCUGUCUCUGGGUGCGAUGGUCCAUUCCUUUUGUCAAGUGAAAGAGCAGUGCAGCGAUCCGAUCGUGGACGAGUUCCGUCAGCUGGUCAUCGAGGGUCUGUCGGCGUGCACGGAGGAGCCCUGUAAGUUGAUGUACCUGAGAGCCAUGGGCAACGCUGGACUCCCCGCCUCUGUGCCCAUCAUCCUGCCCUUUGCCGAGUCUACAUCCAGCGCCAUGCUGGCUUCCACUGCCAUCUCGGCAUUCCGCCGAAUUCACAAGAGGUUUUUGGGGCAGCAGGUGAGAGAUGCCCUGGCGAGGGUGUACCAUCAGAACAAAGCCAGCUACGACAGCACGGUGAGGAUCGCGGCCCUGGAGGUGUUGCUGGAGCUGGAGCCCUCUGCCCCGCUGGUCCGGAACGUCCUGCUGUCUUGUCUGGAGCAAGGCAACCCCGAGUUCUCCACCUACGUCGUCCGUAUGUUGCUCGACGCGGCCACUGCCAAUGCUCAUUUGAGGGAAGUCCUGGCCAUUGUCUUGAAGGAACCAUAUUUCAACAACUACAACGUUUUGUCCCAGAAAGGCAAAUCCAGUGUCAUCACAAGUUUCCUGGCCCGUAUGAAGGAUGUAAACAGCACAUACAACCUGUUCUUUGAAAAUUCUCCAUCUGGUGUGAUGAAGCGCAGUGGCAUGAUUGUCAACCUUGUUGGGAAGACCAUCAAGCAGCCGUUCAUGAAGUUUGGCAUCUACGCCGACGGCCUUGAGUCGCUGGUGGGAGAGGCGGCUUCUGAAGGCGAGGAUGACAACUCAGAAGCAAGUUCAGAAGGUUCCGAGCCCACCGCUGGAAUGUCCUUCUAUUUCAUGGAUGUUCUGUUGACUCAGGUGGAAUUUUUCCGCGGCACAUCAGGUCUCAUGUCUGCUGCAUGGAAUGCCCCUUCGGAACUGACGUCUGCUCUUCAGGGCAACUUGCUGCUCCAGGACCACUCUCAGCGCAUCCACCUGUCCAAUGGGCUAGUGCUGGACACCAAAGUCCGCGGAGUCCUCUCCAUGGAUCUCUCCGGCCUCAUCAGCAUCAGCUUGUGGAACAGGAACUGCGAAGCUCUCAUCCGGAACAGUGGUGCCCUCUACCUGGAAGGGUCCCUCAAGCUACUUUCCAAAGACCUGGAGCUUGGCCUGACAUUCAGCGGAGAAGGCCAAAGCAACAUUGACUUCACCUCCAACGCUGACUUCUACGAAAUGCCUCUCAAGUUGUGCAUGCAAAUGAAACGGCCAGAGUUUCAAUUCUUACAAAAGACCCAAAAGUAUGAGAAGAUCCAGAAGUCAAAACGGUACCGAUCCUCGACAAGGGUGAAGUGCCAGAUGUCCGGAGAGUCGUACUUCCUGAACAAAGCCAACUCGGAGGAGUGCAGGGUCAUGUUGAAGGAUGAAGAAUAGUGCCUUAUGUGUCAUGUUGACGAUAUAUUUUGGUUGUCUUCCAGCCUGGACUGUGGAGCCAACUCGUUGAGCCAUAAUACCAAAGCAAUUUCAUCGUCAUAAAGCAGAUUAUUCCCCCCAACCCCUGUCCAUAUCGAAUGUUUUUACAGAAAUUUUCUACCAUGACACUUUCACAAAAGUGCUUUAUUUCUUGUGCACAUAAUCAAAUGAGCUCAGUGUGUGCUAGAAAAGAUGUGGCGAAUCCUUCUUUGGUGUUUUAUUGUUUUUGAUUGAGAAAUGAGUGAUGAGCUGUAUUAUAUGUAUUGUUUUGCCAUUUUUGUUCGAUGGUCAUCGGUAUAAAAUUGCGUCUGUACGUAUGGUUGAAUGUACUGUUUUUAAGAACACGCAGGUGGAUUCUAGUCUAUAUUUUUGCAAUAAAUUUAUUUAUCGUAUUUUUGUAUUCUUAGUACGAGAAUGGUUGUCUCUACUUUAAAUGUCUGAUGGGUUGAAUGUUGGAAAGUUUCAUGUUUCUUAUCAAGACGCACACUUGUAUUUUGUUUCCUUUCAGUCACUGAUGCCAUCUACUGAUUUUUUUGGGAAUUAAAUGAAACUUCCUGCCCUAUAUUGCAUACAUGAAAAAUGAAAUCCAUUUGUCUUGUGAACUGAGAAAUGACCAAGAAUUUUAGAACAUGUGUUCUUUUUCCGAGCAUUAUACUCUCAUUACUAAUUUCAGGGUUAUUUGUCUAGUUUGUUUCAUGUCGUCCUCACAAUUCAUACAUUCCUGUUCAUAUAAUCAAAAAGAUAAACAAAGAAGAGAAUGUGUUCACUUGGUCUAGGGGUUUCUUUCUUUGUUCUUUAAUUUUCAAUUAACAUUUUGCAGUCACACAUCAAGCGGUACCAAAUACCCCAUCUGGUCACCCAGCCAGGAGAGUGACUGCAACAGACUCCCCGGGCCUGGGGCAGAACUGUGCCAGGUGACCAGAACGGAGAAUUUUCCCCACUGCAAAGUGUUAAAUGCUAGUUUUUAAUUGAUUUCUAUAAAGGCCUAGGAAUUUGAUCACAAAUGUCAUUUCUACUUGCAUUGUAAGAACAAGUGGUGAAGCUGCUGCCAUUGUUGUCCUUAAACUUUGUAUAAUUCUUUGCAUAGCCUUUUUGCUACAAGAAAACCUCUUGAAAUACCUGGGUUUUUUUUGCAUAUGAACUUGACCGUAUUAUUGUUAAUAAAACGAGCAAGAAUUUCUUUCUUCACAUUUAGAGGCAAGUCUUGAAAUUCAUUUUUGAAAAGGUUUGGUUGUCGAAAAGUUGUAUUCGGCUCCAUUCAAAGAUAUCUCCAGUAAAUUUUAAGUUGCCUGUCCUCCCAAAGUUAUUUCAAAGCUGAAAGUCAGACCAAUGCAGUAUGUUACUACAGUUUCAUGUAAAGGGCACUUUUGCUAGAUUACCAUUUUCCUCAGGAAGCUAGCUCAACAUGAAAAUGCAAAUAAUUGCUUACUGCCAUCAUUUAAGCCAAAGGCUAAAGUGUAUAGGGCUCUCUCUCUUUUUCUCCCUCCACCCCUCUGUCUGUCUCUGCCUGUCUCUCUGUCUCUCUGUCUCUCUGUCUCUCUCUCUUUCUCUCUCUCUCUCUCUCUCUCUUUCUCUCUCUCUCUCUCUCUCUCUCACUCUCUCUCUCUGCUAAUGAGGUAAUGAUUAACAUCAUUUUGUCUCAAAGUGCACUUUUUCCUACGUUCGUUUUUGUUGUCUCUUCUAAUUUUGAAAUGAAUACAAUCAGACUUAAUAUUGACUGUUUAAAAAUUUUAAAUUCUUAUUUUCAGGCUUAUGACUAUAAGAUAAAAAUACUUUGGUGACAAAAACGAAA